UCAGAGAGAAAGGCCUCCCUCCUCCUAGAAAUGCUGAAACUCCAACCAGAGAAGAAACCAGUAGAGCUGAAGGGCUGGUCAGAUGAAGAGAGUGAAGUGAGGAGUUUCCUUCAGUGUCUGUCCUACAUCUCACAGCUGAGUUUCUGUCCAUGGUGGCCUGAUCCCUCAAAGCGGAUCAAGUUCCUGGUGGAUCUCCUGUCUCAAGCAGCAGAGUGGGAGGAGCAGACAGGAGAGAAGACACUGAAGCUGGUAUCAUCAGUGUGUACUUACAGCACCUUUCCCUUCUGUGAUGAUGAUGAUGAUGAUGAUGAUGAUGGUGACAUUAAUAAGAAAUAUCAAUGUAAUUUCCUGCUGGAUCUGUACUCACAUGUGAAGGACUAUGAGACUCAAACAGGCAGGAGUGUCCUUCCAGCAUUACAGCCAGUUUACCAGUCAGCCAGUCCUGCAGUCUGGCCCAUAGACCUCUCAGAGAGAAAUGCCUCCCUCCUCCUAGAAGUGCUGAAACUCCAACCAGAGAAGAAACCAGUAAAGCUGAAGGGCUGGUCAGAUGAAGAGAGUGAAGUGAGGAGUUUCCUUCAGUGUCUGUCCUACAUCUCACAGCUGAGCUGUGAUGAUGACAGGUUCUUCCAGACUGUGUGUGAAUCCAUCCCUGUGAGGUCCAGAGAAGAGGACCAGCAGUUGGCCUCUCUUCUCCAGGCCUUGGGCUCCACCCUGUCACUGGGAGGAGAGUUACCCAGGAAAACCUGCAGGUCUGUGGGGAGAGUCCUGGGUCUCUGUGCCUCCAGAGUGGACCUUACUCUCACCCCCAGCAAGAUCUCUCUCAAAGGAGCCUUACUUCUUUUGAGACAUGAGUCAAAGCUCCACAAGCUCAGGCUGAGUGUGGGUAUGGCAGUGAAACUGUCCAGACUGGUUAGGAGGACAGGGAGAGGUGCUACUCCACUGACUGUCCCAGAACUCUCCCUGGUCCUAAAGAGCAGCCAUCUACCAGAGAGAGUGUUAUCCAGGGCUCUGAGUAGUGUGGCGUCCCUGCUGAGACUCUGGAGGGUUCAGUGUCUGGACCUGACUGACUUCUGGAUCCAGGGUCACUCUCUCAUCACACUGCUGUGUCACCAGGGACCUCUCUCUCUCAGACUGAACUCAGACACUCUGCAGCAGCUGACUGUAGUUGUGUAUGAAGCUCAGGACAAGGACUUGACUCAGUUGUUCCUGGAGAAGGUUGGUGGAGACCUGACCUCCUGCAGGCUGGACUGGGAAGUGCUUCUCUCUCUGCUGCAGCUUUCAACCCACAACAUCACUGUGGACCUCAGGAAGAACCGGCUUCUAGAGAAGAACAUCUCAGAUCUUCUCCCCUUUCUGGGAAGGGUUACUCUCAAGAGUUCCAGCUUUGUAAAGUCCUCCAUCAGACACAUCUAUGACAGUAGAGACAGUGACUGUGUGUCCAGUUUGUUGAGGUCUUCAGACCAUUGGAUCAACCUGAACAGCAGAGAGCUGGACAGAGUGGACUGUACUGCUCUGUGUUUUACCCUGCAGCACAGCCACCAAGUCAAAGUCAACCUGCUGUGGACCUCCAUACCACCGGGGGAGAUAGAGAGCAUCCUGCCUCUUCUGGACAGAGUCUCCCAACUCAGUGUUGACAGGAAGUUACUGCUGAGUUUCCUCCAGUGCUGUGCUGCCUCUAAGAUCCAGCAGGGGGCACCACCACCACCAACAGCAGAAUGGCUGCUCAGGUCUCUGCACUACAGGCUGGACUUCUCCUGCUCCUCCUCUGUGGACCUGUCAGCUCAGGACCAGGAGAAGGCUCUGUGUCUGACCACUGACCACUGCAGGGCCAUCAACUCUGUUCUGAAGCAGAGCCAACACAGCACCCAGCUGGUCCAGAACCAGGUCCAGCUCAUCCUAAGAGACUGUGAGGUGGAGGACAGAGCACUGAGGGAGCUGCUUCCCAUCCUGCAUAUCGUCAAGCUGAGUUCCAGCAAAGCUCUGCUACUUCAGCUGCUGGACCUUGUGUCUGAGGGGAUUGAAGAGGGGCUGCUGAGGCACACAGGGUCCCUGUGCAGAGCCCUGGAUGGGGAGCUGGACCUCAGUGAGACCAGGCUGGAUCAGAAGGCCUGUGGAUCUCUGGCCCUGGUUCUGGAACACUCAGAGGGUCUGUCAAAACUGGACCUCAGCCACUGUCAACUCACAGACCACCACCUACAGGCCCUGAUCACAAACCUGCAUAAAGUACAAGUCCUGGACCUGAGUCACAAUGACAUCACUGAUGCUCUGACUGACAGAAUACUCCAACUGGUCUCUACCAACACUUCAAUACACACCGUACGACUCUUCAACAACAGAAUCCAGGACAGAAGACCCUUCCUGACAGACAAGAGGUUUGAGAUCUGGUGAAACAACAUCAGGUCUUAGUCCAGGAAGAGAAGGCUGAAUCCAGGACAGAAGACCCUUCCUGACAGACAAGAGGUUUGAGAUCUGGUGAAACAACAUCAGGUCUUAGUCCAGGAAGAGAAGGCUGAAUCCAGGACAGAAGACCCUUCCUGACAGACAAGAGGUUUGACAUCUGGUGAAACAACAUCAGGUCUUAGUCCAGGAAGAGAAGGCUGAAUCCAGGACAGAAGACCCUUCCUGACAGACAAGAGGUUUAACAUCUGGUGAAACAACAUCAGGUCUUAGUCCAGGAAGAGAAGGCUGAAUCCAGGACAGACGACCCUUCCUGACAGACA